AUGAUUAGGGCCGCGAACCAGAGGCCUAACUUGAAGGAGGCCUAUCAGGGGCCUUUCCCACCGCACAUUAUGCACUCACCUUAUCCUAGGGGAUGUAAGAACAUCAUGUUCUCUACUUUCUCGGGAGAGGAAAUCGAAAGUGUCGCAGCCCAUUUGGUCAGGUUUCGAGUACAGUAUAGCCAAUACCAGAACGAUGACAGUCUGAAAUGUAAAAUCUUCGCCACUUCUUUGUCGGGGGCUGCCUUCACCUGGUUCACUAAGCUGCAACCAGGAUCAGUUGCGAGUUGGCCGGGGAUGGAAAAGCUGUUCAAGGAAACUUUCGGGACUAUCGAGCCUGAGGUAGAUCUGGCUUCACUUACUCAGAUAGCUCAGCAGCCAACUGAAUCUACUGUCACACACCUUCAGCGCUUCCAGAUACAAAAGGGGAAGUUGAACGUGAUUCUACCGGAGAAAAAACUGGUGAAGUUGGCAAUCAAAGGGUUAGAGCCUCGCCAACGCAAGAAGCAGCAUGGAAGCAUGAGUGAGGAAUCCGGCCUGGCAACCGCUGAAGAGUCCGAGGAAGAUGAAGUAGCAGCACUCAAGCUCACCGGAAAGAAGGCAUCAGCGCUAAAGCAGCUGAAGCUGUGCAAAGAGCCGGUGAAACUCAAGUCGGUGGUCUUCACCAAACCUGAAUUCGCAAGUUAUACCUAUGAUGUGAAUAAAGCUCAUGAGAUCUUAGAUGAGAUGAUCGCUGCGAAGAUGGUGAAGACCGACUUCGGGCCAUUCCCCAAACCAGAUCAGCUUAGGGGAAAGAAAUACUGUAAGCUCCACAAUUUGUGGAAUCAUAACACAGCAUGA